AUGGCAUCUCUCAACCUCUCGACCAAUGGUCCCUCCAUCAACAAAAGCUACCAAUCCGUUGUCAACGCCACUCUCCCCUCGGGCUCCCCAACUUAUGGUCAAUGGGCUCUCUUCUCCGUGUCCGCCCCGCUAGUCAAUGCCUUUCAACAGGAUGGCGGAAACAAAGAGAGUGUCCUGAAGGUCCAAACUACCGGAGAUGGUGAAUUGGACGAUCUGAUCGAAGAGUUCUCCGAGGGUCGUGUGCAAUUCGCCUACGUCAAGGUCAUUGACCCCAACACCGGUCUGCCCAAGAAUGUAUUGAUCGCAUGGUGCGGUGAGGGUGUCCCCGAGCGGACAAAGGGCUACUUCACCAGUCACUUGGCCAGUGUUUCCAAGUUCCUACAUGUAAGAGACCACAGUGGCAUGCAUUCAUGGCGCAUUCCUUUCAAUGCCAUCGCCAAAAUCAUCAAACUAACCAUAUGCUCUCCGCUCAAAUAG